UCAUUCAUUUCAGACGCAAAUACUAACAUACUUGUUCACAUCAUCAUCAUCAUAUAUUUCGCUUAAUUUGGAAAGUCAGCGUUAACAGAAUAUUUAUGCAAAAAUUUACUAAAGAUUAUCAUCCCAGCUAUUGUUAUUAUCAAUUCACUCAUCGUUUCAUGUUUCUUGUCGAUACAUUUUACUCAGCCUCCAGACAACCGAUAUCCCAUCAGAUUCUCUCAAAGAUUGAUAGAAGAUGGAUUAGAUGGACAUGGUUUACCUGAACUUUGGGUGGCUGGUUUUCUUAAGCUGGAUCAGAGUUUCGGUUAAUUCACCAAAAGAUGGAUUCUUUAUGAUGUAGGGGGAAAACAGCUAUUUUUCUGUAUCAGUUUGCUGGAUUUGUAUAGGAAUUGCCUCAUCAGAAGCUAUUAGAGUGAUAACAUUGAAUACUGGGAUUACGAAACGAUAGUUGGUGGAGGCUCUCGUUGUGGAAUUUACAUGGUUGAUCUCUUAUUACAACACAUGAGGAUGGUGCUAUAAGUGAUGAAUUGUUGAUAGACGCAUUUCUUCAAGUGUAGCAGUGACAGGGUUUUGGAAGCAAUAGUUGUGUUUCUGUGAGCUCACAGUCGUACUAUUUUAGAAGUCUUGGUUCUUCGUCAUUUAUGGACAAACUUGAACAUGCCCCCUGCAGCUUUUAAGAAGAAAUACAGUGAAACACAAUCAAGUGAGAUGGAAGCCUCUGGAGCUAUGUCAAGAUCCUUGAGCAUUCUUCCCUCUCCUGUGAAAGAAAAGUUUCCCCAGUUGCCUGAUUCACCUCAGGUUACUUUAGCGCAAGAGCUGACUUCUAAUAUUGUACCCUCUUUCCGCAGUCCUUGCUCUUCUAAUCAAAAAAUGGUAGGAAAUUUAUUUUCAUCAGCUCCUGGAUGCCCUUCUGGUCUUGGUUGUUCUUCUUUGUCACCCAAUACGAAUCGAUGGAUGAGUUCACCAUUUUAUUCCAUCUCACCAAGGGAUGGAGUUUCUUUUCCAUCAACCCAACUUUCAGUCUCAAUUGUAGAGAACAAUGAUGUUCCCUGGAACGUAGAUGCGAUUGAAAACUUUCUUGAUAUGCCUUUGAACAUCCCUGUUCAAAAUGGCCCAAUAGAAACUUCUACAGGCAUAAUGUCAUCAGAAGACCGUGCUAAGAAAACUGAUUGGCAGGACUGGACAGAUCAGUUGAUUAGAGUUAAUGAUGAUGCACUUGAUUCAAACUGGAGUGAUCUUCUUGUUGACGUCGAUGUUCCUGAUCCAGAUCCCAAGCUGCUGGAUCUGCCACCUGAUGUCUCCACGUGCCAGCCACAAAUUCAUCAGGCUCAUCCUCAUCCCGUGCCAAGUGGAGAAAGUUGUCCAGUAAUCGACUCUCCCACAGCAACCUCAACAAAAGCACGAAUGCGCUGGACACCAGAACUUCAUGAAGUGUUUGUGGAUGCCGUGAAUAAGCUUGGUGGUAGUGAAAAAGCUACACCAAAGGGUGUUUUGAAGCUCAUGAAUGUUGAAGGCCUGACAAUCUAUCAUGUGAAAAGCCAUUUACAGAAAUAUAGAACUGCCAGAUUCAAGCCAGAGUCAUCAGAAGGAACUUCAGAGAAGAAGUCAAAUACUGGAUCAGAAAUGACAUCCCUCGACUUGGAGACGACCAUGGGGAUAACUGAAGCUCUCAGACUGCAGAUGGAAGUACAGAAGCAGCUACAUGAACAACUUGAGAUUCAAAGAAAUCUACAGUUACGAAUUGAAGAACAAGGGAAGCACCUCCAGAUGAUUUUCGAGCAGCAAAAAAAGAUGGAGGAAGAAAAACUGAGAGCAUUGUCGAAUUCAGAUAAACAUUCAGAACCAUCAGAAGAUAAUCAUGCCAGCAUCAAAGAUGUUGCAUCUGAUGUCUGCAUUCCGGUAGAUGAACAUCCUAGUAAGAAGGAAACAUCGUCUGAAGCAAAACCCUGCAAGGAACGUGCACCAGAUGACAGGGGAUGUAGUCCACCGAUGAAACGAGCCAAGGCCUAUGAAACGGUCACGUCUGGAGCGUCUCACGAGUCAUGACAUUUGGUCUUAAGAAAAAUGACGUGUUCAUCAUUGUGUAGAUUUCUUAUCAAUUGAUGCCAAUUUGAAUAACAUGUAAA